AUGGCGACCGACGGCGCGCUCCCGCUCGAGGCCGUCAUCGGCUUCCAGGGCAAAGUCCCGGGAGGCCUCGCGCUUCAUCCGCGAGGGAACGCGAUGAUUUACCCGAUGGGCGCGACGAUCGUCAUCAAAGAGCUCGGCGGCGACGCCGCGCAGAGCUUCCUUCAGGGUCACACGGACGAGGUCUCGUGCCUGUGCGUCUCCGCGGACGGGAGGUACCUCGCGUCCGGGCAGAUCACGUUCAUGGGGUUCGCCGCGGACAUAAUCGUCUGGGACCUCGACACGAGAGAGAUCGUGCACCGAAUGUCCCUUCACAAGGUGAAAGUGCAGUCGCUGUCGUUCAGCGCGGACGGGAAGUACCUCGCGUCCCUCGGCGGGCAGGACGACAACUCCGUCGUCGUGUGGGACGUCGGCACCGGCGACGCGAUCUGCGGGUUCCCGACCGCGGGGGAGACGAAGUGCGUCAAGUUUUUCAACAACACGAGCACCAAGUUGGUCACCGUGGGGAGCCGGGACAUCGACGUGUGGACGUUCGACCGCGGCGCGCGGAAGCUGCGGUCGCUGCCGUGCACGCUCGGGAAACUCAAGCGCGCGGCGACGAGCGUCACGAUCGACGAAUACGACGACUACAUGUACGUCGGCACCACCUCCGGGGACAUCCUCCAGAUGUCGCUCACGUCCAGGCUGUUCAAAAACGCCGGCCCGGCGAAGACGCGGUUUCCGCGCGGCGUCGUGUCGAGCGCGAUAUCGCCGACCGGGGAGAUCGUGAUCGGCGGCGGCGACGGCUCCGUCGCGCUGCUCGAUCGCGACACGAUGAAGACGAUCGCUAUAACGAAGCUCGCGAGCGGGGUCACGUCGUGCGAGAUCGCGCCCCACCUCCACGAGGACGGCGGUUUCGGCGUGUACUGCGGCACGGACUCGUGCGAGGUGUACUACCUGAAGUUCUCCCCGAUGGAGGGGUUCAAGAGCGAGCUCAUCCAGACGUGUCACCACGAGAUCAUUAACGACAUCGCGUUCCCGGUCGGGUACUCCGAGGUGUUCAUCACCGCGGGGAGCAACGACGUCAGGGUGUGGCACGUGAACGAGGCGAGGGAGUUGCUGCGCGUAAAGGUCCCGAACGUCACGUGCAACUGCGUCGCGUUCAUGCCGGACGGAGGGAGCAUCAUCUCCGGGUGGAGCGAUGGGAAGAUCCGCGCGUUCGCGCCGCAGUCCGGGAGGUUGUUGUACCAGAUCAACGACGCGCACGGGGCUGUGACGGCGAUCGUGGGAAGCAGCGACUGCGCGAGGAUCAUCACGGGCGGCGAGGAGGGCAAUGUCCGCGUGUGGCGGAUCGGCCCGCAGUCGCAGAGCAUGGUGGCGUCCAUGAAGGAGCACAAAGGACCGGUGAACUCGCUCGCGCUGAGAGCGAACGACAGCGAGUGCGUCUCCGCGAGCAGCGACGGGUCGUGCGUCGUGUGGGACCUCGCGCGGUUUUCGAGGAACAUGUCGCUCAACGCGAACACGUUCUUCAAAGCCGUGGGAUACCACCCGGACGAGUCGCAGAUCGUCACCGCGGGCACGGAUCGACAGCUGUCGUGGUGGGACGCGUUCGACGGCCAGGCGAUACGCGUCGUGGACGGCAGCAACGACGCGGAGAUAAACGCGCUCGAUAUCAGCGUCGCCGGGGACGCGAUCGUCAUCGGCGGCGGCGACAAAGAGGUGAAGGUUUUUGGGUACGACGAAGGGCACUGCGCGCGCGUCGGCAGAGGGCACAGCGGCGCGAUCACGAAGGUAAAGUUCACCCCGGAUGGGCAGAGGAUCGUCACCGUCGGCGCGGAGGGCGCUAUUUUCAUCUGGCGCAACGCGCCGCUUGAGUGA